AUGGACGGAGGCAUAAUACCACCAGACUACGAUGACAGCAAUCGGGCCUUCCUACAAGCACUCAUGGCCCGGGGCACCAUCACAUACCGUGAAGCCAAACCAAUUCUCGCCAACAUUCUCACAGCACAGCACGAUGCCGACGAACGCGUCGAUCCAAGCGAGUUAUCACAAGAAGUCUUCGCCGCUUACAUAGCUGCAGCCCAAGAAGCAGUCUCCCAUUUCGACUAUGAAAUCCGCAACACUCUGCACCAAGUUCGUAAAGAACGUGUCUAUGCCGUUGUGAACACAACCUCGGAUGCCAUGACCCAGCUAGCCACCUUACAUACUCCGGACCAGAUUGCCUUCGUCAAGAGGGUUAUCGAUGCCAUGUUCGAGAACUACAACACCCGCCGUAUGGAGGUCAUGUCCAUCGACAGUAUGCAAGCAAACAAGUUCAGGCAUGCCCCGAGGCAAGACGCCGACGAAAGCGUGGUCGUAGACGGAGAGGAACAGGCACAAGCUACACAGGGUGGCGUCAAGAGUAUCAAGACAUCCGAAGUUUCAGCUGUCCUGGCGGCACUGGUGGAAGAGGGCUGGUUUGAGAAGAGCCGAGACGGAUUCUACAGUCUUAGUCCUCGAGCGCUGAUGGAGCUUCGCACGUGGCUGGUAGAUGCAUACAACGAUCCCGACUUGGGUCCGGAUGAUUGGCAGCGGAUCAAGUUCUGCGAGGCCUGCAAAGAGAUCGUCACAGUGGGACAAAGAUGUGCAGACCGAGACUGCAACGUCCGUAUACACGACAUAUGUGAGGAGGCCUUCUGGCGGACCAGAAGGGACAAAGCAUGCCCCAGGUGUUCCACCGCAUGGUCAGGGAAGCAUUUCGUAGGGCUUAAAGCAGUCACUGAGACAGAGGCUUAUAAGCGUGGCAAUAGGAGGACAGGUGGUCGUGGAUCCCUCAUGGAGGAAAUCAUUCAAGACGAAGACGGCGAAAUGGAUGAAGAAGACGAGUAA